AAACUGAGCAGCUAUGUUUGUGUGCUGCGUCGUCGGGGAUGUUAGUUAUCCCAUUGCCUGACACACAGCUCACAGUUCAACAUUCCUGAGAGGGACACCCAGUGCGCUUGUGUGUCUGAAUUCAGAUAAGCCGUCGAACUACCUUCAGGAAGACUUCUCUUGGGAGGCUAAGCUGAGGCAGAAGCGUUAAGAUGCAGUUGGUCUAGGAUCCAAACCAAAGACACACCCUAAGCCUCUUGGUUGCUCGCUGUGUGUUUCUAUGUAGACCAGGUGCAAGAUGUCCAUGCAGAAGCAUCUGAGCAUCACAGACUGCCACAACCGUUCUGUAAGUGCCCUGGGAUAUCAUUUGGCUCGAAGAGAGUUCCUGACCGGCUUUGAGGAUGGCGUUAUUAAAUGGUGGGAUUUGGAGACGGGACAGCUGACGUUUUCAGUCUUUGAGCAUACCGGUAUGGUCACUCAGUUUCUGUACUGGGCAGAACCCAAACUUCUUUUCUCAGCAUCAAACGAUGGGACCAUUGUGGUGUGGACUGUUGGGGCGACAGUCUUUGACCGGAUUAAGUGCAAUGCCUCGGUAUUUUGCAUGGCCAUCAAUCACCGGAGGCACCAGCUCAUCUGCGGAUUCAAAAAACAGCUCAGGGUCUUUGCCCUGGAUGUCAAGAAGGAGUCCGGUCACGUGUUAGACUUGGAGACGAGCUUCACCAAUCACAGGCACAAAGACAUUGUGUCGGCUGUGGUCUGCAUCGAUACCCGGAUAUACUCUGCUGGGUAUGACAAGAAAUUCAUCGUGUACAACACCAGCUCUUACCCAAACAGCAGAAGCCUGCAGGUGGUGCACUGCAACCCCAAUGCUCAUGAUGCGGGUAUCACAAACUUGAUGGUGGUUCAAGAACACGAGAGCACAAGGUUGAUGACUGGUUCCUUCGAUAAAAGUGUGAGGGUUUGGUCGCAGGAUGGACAGCUGAUCAUAAAGCUCCCUCACUUUCCCCAGUUUAUAAGCAGCCUCUGCUUUGUGGCCUGUGUGAACUCAGUGUGGAUCUGCAGUGGCCUUCCAUCCCCUUCCAUCUUCGACCCAAGCUCUGGAGAGAUUGUUUCUGAGUCUGUUGAAACUUUCCAAACGCAUGAGACUAGACAACCAUUCCAUCAACUGGUCUGUAUCCCAGAGACUAAUCAUGUGAUCGGUUCCAGCAGGCAGCACAGAGAUGUGACGGUGUGGAAAUACAACAAGAUGGGCUGCGUCACCGUCUUACAAAGCAAGCUGCCCGUGGAGUGCCUGACUUACACCCAGAAGGAGCCUAUACUCUUUUUCAGUGGACACAGUGAGGGGAUGAUUCUAAAAUGGGAACGGCAGCAGUCAUCAUACUUUCUGUACAGUCAUGAAGUGUUCAAUAUGUUUGAAAGACAGUCCAGGGGAAUGGCCAGGCACAAUACCAUCAAACUGAGAAGGAACGCCAGUCAGCGAAAAGCCCGUUCAGCCUACCAUCUUGUCGAUGUUGCCCUGAAAGGGGAAAAGGAAUCAUCUGCAGUCGCAGAAUCUAAAAAGACCAUGCAACCACCUAGUUUCACCAGGACCGUGUUUGUGGAAGAGUUGGACUUGCUGGUGCUGGCUGCUGACAAUGGAAAUAUUUACCUUUGGGGCUUUGACGAUUCCCUUUCCGGAAUCCUUGAGAUGAUGCCUUCAAAGAGAAGCCAAGAGCAAGAUAAGACAAGGAGAUUUGAAGUCUUACUGGAGCAAUCCAUUAACAGACGAUGUUCUGCAGCUGAAGAAGAGAAUGCUUCAGUUAAUGAUCGGGUUUCAGGCUUUGUCUGUAAGAAGGUGUUGUCUCACCAUAUUCAGCCUGUAGGAGGAGUUGCUGUAGUUGGGAGAGAUCAAGGCUACAGUACAGAUUACCUGAUCUCAGGAGGCUGGGACAGGAGAAUUUGUGUGUGGGAUCUGCAAGCGUGUGUGUUACAUGACAUAUUCUCCAACACCGCACCGGAUGAGAGGAGCAACGUUCAAGAGCUGGCCUGUGAUGGAGCCAUUCUAGAUCUUGCCUACAGCCCAAAGCGGAACGAAUUUGCCUAUUCGUCGAGCGAUGGGAUGAUCUACAUUCGCCACUUCAGCCCCACCACAAGUCAGAUGAAGCUCGUGAGUGUGCUGCAAGGCCAUGAGGCUGACAUCACUGCCAUCUUAUGGCACUCUCUCCUGAACAAGUGGCUCAGUGGUUCAGAGGAUGGGAGUAUUCGCUUAUGGAAUGAAGAUGGAACAAAGUGCGAGCAGAUCCUGGUGGCUAACGGAGCAGUUAAUUGUCUCUGCAUCGACCGGGUCAAUGGUUGCAUUCUAGCUGGGAUUCAAGAGAGCUUGCGAGUUUAUGACCCUGAGUCCUUCACACAAGUGCAGAGAAACAUUGGGCACACGGAUUCAAUCCGUUCCAUCAUACACAUCCCUGAGAGAUCUCAGUAUGUUACAGCUUCCUGGGAUCGCACUCUGCGCAUCUGGAAUUCAUACAUCAAGCCUCUUCCCAAAAGCAAUGACAUGAGGGAAAAUGCAGCUGCUGAGGGGAAACUGCAACAGGACAUCAAACACAUUUAGCAACUACGCUGAAAUUGCUCUCAUGAAGCGAGAUGUGAGAGGAGCAGGGUUUUGUAAAUUGUAGUCACGUGAGUGCAGUGACGAGGAGAGCAGGUUGGGCAUUCUGGGUCAAAGAGUGUGGUGCUGGAAAAGCACAGUCGGUCAGGCAGCAUCUGAGGAGCAGGAGAGUCGACGUUUCAAGCGUAAGCUCUUCAUCAGGAAUGAUGCAGACCUUAUGCUCAAAAUUGACGGUAUUCCUGACGAAGGAUUUAUGCUCGAAACGUCGACUCUCCUUUUUCUCGGAUGCUGCCUGAUCGGCUGUGCUUUUCCAGCACCACACGUUUUGACUCUGAUCUCCAGCAUCUGCAAUCCUCACUUUCUCUAAGUGGGGUAUCCUCUUACCUUGUUCCCUGAUUCACAAAGCUUUUCCACCAUCCACGAGUCAGAAAGUGCUGUGGAUUUUGUCAACAAUGCAUCCUAAAUCUUUGACCUCUACUGUCUUAGAAAGACAAGGGCGGCAGUCACAUAGGUAGGUCAUCACCUCAAAGUUCCCAUCCAAGUAACACAUCACCCUGGAUAUAUUACUUACUAUUCCUUCAUUGUAGAUGAACCAAACCUGGGAACAUCCUCAUUAAAGACACUGGGAAUAAGUUCCCCACAUACACUGUAAAGGUUAUGGAGGCAGAUCACCUCUCCCAUCUUCACAAAGGCAACACGGUCAAUUUAAACAGUGUCUUGCCAGUGCUGUAGCACAUUCAAAAAAUUAAUUUUCUUUAAGUCAUGAGAAACCUGGACGAAGGUACAAGGUCUUGAUUACAGACUGUCAGGAUGUCUGGGAAAUGUACAAAAGUAUACAAGCUCCAGAAAAUGAUGGUGAAAAUUUAGAAAGUGCUCCGAAUGGAGUGUGGUGUCCAAUUCUGGGCUUGACGCUGUUGGAAGAACAUGAAGACACUGAUCAGGGUGCAGAAAAGAUUUAUGAGUUAUAAGGUAGACGUUGAGUAGGUUGGGCUAUUUUCCCUGGAGCUCUGGAG